AUGGGGUUGCCUCACUCUUCCAGUGGUCUUAAUAGCAUUUGGGUCAUUGUGGAUCGAUUGACCAAGUUAGCACCUUUCCUUUCUGUUCAUACAUCCUACAGUGCUGAGAGGUUGGCCUGUAUUUACAUUCAGGAGGUGGUUUGCCUUCAUGGUGUGCCUAUUUCUACCAUCUUAAACCGGGGAUAUCAAUUCACAUCUAGCUUUGGGAGGACUUUUCAGGAGGAGCUGGGUAUCCAUGUCGACCUUCGCAUAACUUUUCACCUGCAAACUAAUAGGCAGUCAGAACGUACGAUUCAAAUUGACGAGGAUAUGUUGCAGGAUAAGCUCAGGACAGCUCAGAGUAGACAUCAGAGCUAUGUAGAUCAUAGGCAUCAGCCGUUGAGAUUUGUCCUUGGUGAUAGAAUACUCCUCUGUAUAUCGCUUGUGAAGGGUGUGAUUAGAUUUGGGAGGCAAGGCAAGCUUAGCCCCAGGUAUAUUGGCCCUUUUGAGAUAGUGAGGACAGUUGGCGAGGCUGCAUAUGAGUUAGCCUUGCCCUCGGCCUUUAUUUCUAUUCAUCCAAUUUUCCAUGUUUUGAUGUUGCGCCAAUAUAUUCCAAAUGAGUCCCACGUGAUUCAGUAUGACACAGUUGACUUGGAUGAUCAUUUGAGCUAUAUUAAGAAACCAGUUGUUAUUUUGGCCAGAGAUGUCAGGCAGUUGCAUUACAGAGCCAUUCUUGUGGUUAAGGUCCAUUGGAGGCAUUUUCUAGUUGAGGAGGAUAACUGA